AUGGUGGACUUGGUUAUGGAUAUGGUGGCAUACCGUUUAGGUGGUGGUUAUGGAGUAGGAUACGGCGUAGGUGGUGGUUAUGGUGGAGGAGGAUACGGUUUAGGUGGGGCUUAUGGUGUAGGAAGAUACGGUUUAGGUGGUGGUUAUGGUGGAGUAGGAUACGGCGUAGGUGGUGGUUAUGGUGGAGUAGGAUACGGAUUAGGUGGAGGUUAUGGUGGAGUAAGAUACGGCUUAGGUGGUGGUUAUGGUGGAGGAGGAUACGGCUUAGGUGGGGCUUAUGGAGGGUAUGGAGGAUAUGGUCAUCUAAAUAAGGGUUAUGGUCGCCAUGGUUAUGGGGCACUUGGUGUUCACGGUCAGUAUGGUAGACAUGGUUAUGGAGCCCAAGGUCUCCAUAAAUCCAUUGGUCAUAGAAACCUAGGCAUCUAUGGUGCUGUAGGUGGAUAUGGUGGUCAUUACAAAGAUAUUGACAGUUACUCUCGCAAUAAAGGAGCAGGCUAUGAAAAAAGUUAUGCUUAUGACAAGAAGUCUGGUUUCCACUAUGGUGGGGCUGCUCAUGGAGCUUAUGGAGCUAAGAAGGGUUUGCAGGACUACUCUGGACACCAGAACCUUGGAGCAUAUAAUAAAUAUGGACAUGGUUCUCAUGGUGCUCACGGUCUAUAUGGCCAUCAUGGUUAUGGUAAGUACGGAAACCUAAGAGCAGGCUAUGGCCACCAAGGAUAUGGUGGACAUAAUCUAGGUGGACUUAGUUAUGGAUACGGUGGAGGUAUUGGACACGGCCUUGGAUAUGGCACUGCUGGGCGUGGUUAUGGAUAUGGUCUUGGUUAUGGACGUGGCUACGGAUAUGGUGGUGCUAGACGUGGUUACGGACAUGGUCUUGGUUAUGGACGUGGCUACGGAUAUGGCGGUGCUAGACGUGUUUACGGACAUGGUCUUGGUUAUGGACGUGGGUAUGGAUAUGGUCUUGGACAUCUAUAUGGCGGUCUUGGCUAUGGAGGUGGUUACGGAUAUGGCGGUCUUGGCUAUGGACAUGGUUACGGAUAUGGCGGUCUUGGCUAUGGACGUGGUUAUGGAUAUGGCGGUCUUGGCUAUGGACGUGGCUACGGAUAUGGCGGUCUUGGCUAUGGCCAUGGUCACGGAUAUCGAGGUCUUGGCUAUGGUCGAGGUUACGGAUAUGGUCUUGGACAUGGUUAUGGUGGACGUGGUUAUGGAUACGGUCUUGGACAUUUGUAUGGUGGUCUCGGCUAUGGACAGGGCUACGGAUAUGGUGGUCCUUGGAAAACUCAUCAUGGCUCCUACCACUAAUGUAGCUCAGGUAAGCCAUGCGACGAAGAAGUAGAAAACAUUGUACCGGAGAUUUUUCGCGUCUUUAAACGGAAAUCUUUUCCCACUCUUAUCUAAUACUCGGCUGUUGAACUCUUGUUCUCAAUCUCAGCCCGCGGCCACGUUCUAGGCGUCCGAAGAAAAGACGCUCCUUCUCUUUAAAAGUUGUCUUUCCAACAGAGGGCGCUGCACACACGUGCUCUUCCAUCGUUACUUCCACUGCUUACAUCUUUACUCUUCGACUCUCACUCACUUGGCCAACAACUUGUCUCUUCAUGGUUGAGUCUCUUGAAGAAACAGAACGAAAAUCACAAUUUGACUUCACUGUUGAUUCUAUUCCAUUUAUCCAGAGUCUGUCGUCU